GCCCACAGGAAUUCUUACUGUAUUUGUUCUUUGAACAUGGUGUGUUUUGGCUAGGGCCUAUUUUCAGCACAGCAAUACAAAUAAGUCAUAAUUUUGGAGGAUUCCAGCACUGAGAUUUCUGGAGUCUACUGUGUCUUGCCAUAAUGAGUUCAUCACUGGUUGCUUAUGAUGACUCAGACUCUGAGGCAGAAACUGAAAAGCCUGAAGUGUGCAAUGCUUCUAGCAGACAAACAAGUUCUUCUGUGAACCCUGUUCAGAACUUUGCACCUGGUAGUUUGGGAACAAAAUCUACGUAUGAGAAGCAGCCUACUGAGAACACUGACAGUUCUGGCACCAGCACUGUUUGUGGAGAUCCCCCUGAGCAUUGUACACAGAAUAAUAACACUGAUUUGACAUCUCCUUAUUUUAGAAAAGCAUAUGCUGGCCAUAGUGCAUUGUCUGUGUCCUACAAAAGCCAUGAACAGUCAACAGGCUCUUCAGCAAGCUCUAGAAAUGGUGUUUCCCAGAAGAGAAUACAUAAAGACAGUACUACUGCCAUAGGAGGAAUUAGACCAUACAUCCCCAAAAGAUUGCGUCAAGAAAAUUCCAGUAUGCCUGAAAAAAAAGACUCUGAUCAGAGGGAGGGCUCAGAUUGUGAUGUUAAUCUAGGCAUAUCAGGAGAUCAGACUUUGAGAAAGAUCUCUGAAUUAAUUAAGCCAUAUUUAGGAUCCAAAUAUAAAUUCACUGAAAUCCCCAAAAGCUUAAUAUUUUGUAUGUCUAAACACAGCGGCCCUGUUAAUGAAAUCCAGUGGUCUCCUGUUCGAGAACAAAGUCACAUGCUUCUCUCAGCUUCUAUGGAUAAAACAAUCAAGGUAUGGGAUGCUGUAGAUACAGGCUGCUGUUUAAAAACAUAUUCCUGCCACUCUUGUGCUGUUCGAGCUGCUCGGUGGUCAUCUUGUGGGAGACAAAUCCUCAGUGGGGGCUUUGAUUCAAUGCUACAUUUAACAGACAUAGAAACAGGGAAGCAGAUAUUUAGCAGCAAAAAUGAAUUUAGGAUCAGCACACUGAAGUUCCACCCUACAGAGUCAAAUAUCUUCAUUUGUGGAGGGUUCAGCCCAGAAGUUAAAGCUUGGGACAUAAGGACUUCUAAGGUGUUAAGAGUGUACAAAGCUGCAGUGCAACAGACAUUGGAUAUACUCUUUCUCCCUGAAGGAAGAGAAUUUCUUACAAGCACAGAUGCAGUAAGCCGGGACUCUGCUGAUCGUACCAUUAUUGCAUGGGACUUCCAAAGUGCUGCAAAAAUCUCCAAUCAAAUUUUUCAUGAGCGUUAUACUUGCCCAAGUCUGACUCUGCACCCAAAAGAGCCCAUGUUUGUUGCUCAAACAAAUGGGAACUACCUGGCUUUGUUUUCUGCCCAGCGACCUUACCGAAUCAACAAAAAGAAAAGAUACGAAGGACAUAAGGUGGAAGGAUUUGCAGUGGGCUGUGAAUUUUCUCCAGAUGGAACACUUUUGGUGACAGGAAGUUCAGAUGGCAAAGUAUUUUUCUACAACUAUCAUACUGCUAGAAUUAUUCGUGCUUUGUCUGCACAUAAAGAAGCUUGUGUGAGUGCAAUAUUUCACCCAGUCUUGCCAUCACUCCUUGCAACAUGUAGUUGGGCUGGAGAAAUCAAGAUCUGGCAAUAACAGGAUGUCUCCUUUUAGUCAGACUUGUCUUUUCUUCAGUGACCUCCAAGUGUCUGCUUUCUUAAUGCCAUUAAGGUGGUCUUGGGGUUAGCUGCUGAGCAAAGCAGUGGUAUUACUCUUUGCCUCAAACCUGGUGACAGAUUUCUGACCCUUUUUUGUCAGUCCUUUGGUGCUCAACUAGCCUCACCCUUCCUUGAACAAAAUUGUUGCUCUUUUUAAUGUAGCUUUUCAAUGCAGCUUUCUUAAACCAGGUUUUCCUUAGUUUAGCUCUCUGACCUGGCCACUGAGGGUUAGACAGGAAGCAGUGUAGUUCAAGGCAAAACAGCUUCUACAUGCAAGAAGGGAGAAGAUCACAGGGCAGGUGGGACUGCAUCUUUUGGACACAGGUAGCUGUUACCAGGUCAGCUUAUUGUAAAAUGCCAUCUUAGAGUUCCAGGGAAAGGUGUGCCAGAUAACUUGGAACUGUUUGGAGUCAGUAAAUGUGUUCUUGAAAUCCCAAUGUUUAUACCUAAGUUUUAAACUUACAUUUAUGACUGUACAUAAGGAAAGCAAAACUAUGUGUAAAUAUUUGUUAUGAAAAAAUAAACUUUUUUUGUGUAUAUGGUAUCUGAA